AUGUUGGAGGAUGAUUUUACUUCGAUGGUAUUUUCGUAUAUUGAAUUUACAAAUAUUAUGUGCACUUCACUCGAUAAGGAUUUUGCCGAUUUCGAAUAUUGCUACUUAAAAUCGGUCAACCGGUCCUUCAAAUAUAUGUCACUAAGGUUAAAACUUUACAAAGUGCCACUAACAAAUAUAACGAUUCAGUACCAAGUUUUAAAAAAAGCUAAUGGAUAUAAGCCUUUUAUGUAUAAUAUAACAUUUGAUGUUUGCAAGUUCUUGAAAUCGCCUAAUCAUCCAGUAACAAAAAUAUUUUAUAGUUUAUUUAGAAAUCGUUCAAAUGUAAAUCACACAUGUCCAUACAAUCAUGAUUUUAUAGUGGAUAAACUUGAUUCGGCGGUAUUAAAUGAAAAGACAUCACGUUUACCGAUUCCGGAUGGAGAUUAUGCAGUUUAUAUUACAUGUUUUGCUUAUAAUAUUAAACGUAUUUCAGUUAAGGUGUAUAUCAAAGUAUUUUACAAAAAUGUACCAUAA